GGUAACCCUGCUUGAAAAUUUGAUUUUUAUGAAGCAAUUCAAGGCAUUUAUGUAGCUCGUUGAUGUGCGAAGUAGGGGGGUCUGGGAGCUUUUGGAGAGAAAUAGAAACGCUAGGAAAGUUUUGAUUAAAUUUAUUUUUAUCUUCAAAGAGUUCACGCCAGGUAAAUAAUCUUCCUUACAGGGUUGUGUCGCUUAUGCGCUUACCUAUGUUGAUGUGCAACGAAAAUAAGCCUAAUUUUGAUUAUUGGAUAACCUGUUGCAAAAAUGUCUGGGUUUUAUGAUGACACCCAAGGACAGCAGAAUUAUGGAUGGGGAGAGUACAACAUGGGAGAUGACACCAAUGGAUUCCAACAAGACAACAUGGGUUUCCAGUCGUUCGACUACGGCGGCGGCGGCUCUGCCGACCUGGGCGGCGGCGGCGCCGGCGCUCCGGCCAGCCCGUACCUGCAGCCGGAGCCGGUGCCGGCCUACUCGGGCAGCCUGCUGACCCCGGACCCGGUGUCCGGAUACCCGGAGGACGGCUCCGGCGGACAGUUCGACCAGGAGCCGCCGCUGCUCGAAGAACUCGGAAUCAACCCGGACCACAUUCUGCAAAAGACGCUGUCGGCGCUGAACCCCUUCCGUCAGACAAAUGCCGAGAUCCUGCAGGACACGGACCUGGCCGGACCGCUGGCAUUCUGCCUGGCGUUCGGAGGAUUUCUGCUGCUGACGGGGAAGCUGCACUUUGGCUACAUCUACGGCAUCGGCCUGAUGGGCUGCGUGGCCAUGUACUUCCUGCUGAACCUGAUGUCGAUGCAGGGCGUCAGCAUGGGUGUGGUGGUGUCGGUGCUGGGCUACUGCCUGCUACCGAUGGUGGUCCUCUCCGGCGUCUCCAUCGUCCUCUCGCUGCAGGGCGCGCUGGGGAUGGCGCUGGCCGGCCUAACCAUCCUCUGGUGCAGUCUGUCGGCCUCCAAGCUGUUCGUCACAGCGCUGGUCAUGGACCACCAGCAGCCCCUGGUUGGCUACCCGUGCGCCCUGCUCUACGGCGUGUUCGCCCUGCUUACCGUCUUCUGAGCGUCCAGCAACGUCUCAAUCAUCUUCAGUGAUGUAGGCGCUGCUGGGCUGUCCUCGGCUUAGCGGUGUGGGCAGUGGUGGACCCCGCUAUGGCGGUCACAUCGUGAAUGAUGUGUGUGAGCAGCUGUGGCCGCUCUAGGUACUGGUGAUCACUGAUCAGUCACGCGGUGUGGUUUGAAGGAACUGAACUUCACGAGAGCGGUGGCUAGGUGCAGUAUGUGUGUCUGAAUAGCUUGAACGAGACCAAAUGGCGACAAUCAGCCGUUGUAUUUUUAGGCGCGAAUGGUAUAUGAUUCGUCUUUUUCUACGGUUCGCUCUCUAUUCCUCUUUAAAGUUAUUCCUGUUUAUUUGCCCUCAAUUCUCUUCUUUUAGUACCAAUAUACUGCCUCAUUAUUUCUCUUUUCUGAUUUCAGUUCAUUUCCUUUUCUCGUAGAAACUAAAUGGUAAAAGAUCGUUGAAGUCACCUUCCCAUCAUUUUAGGCUAAAUGUGCAUGUAUGUUAGGUAUGGGCUUAUUUAUGUGGUUCGGAGUCAGUUAUGUGUAUGUGAGGAUAUUGGCGUAUUAUUGCAUUAUGUCUAGCCCAAUGUCUAUUAAUAUGGCGCGGUAAUUGGUUACACGGCAAUGUUUUGUUUCAGUUAGCCAAUGUUAGUGGACCACCACUCGAUAGAUGGAGGGUCCGCGAAACUAUCCGGUGUGGAACAUGAUGAAAAUAAAGGUGAAUUUGCUA